CAACCUGUCAACAACAUAGGGAAAACAUCCUAAAGCAAAACAAAACAGAUUGUAAAUUCCUCGCUCCUACCGAAAGCAAGAAAAAAAAAUAAAAAGUUUGCCCUGUUGUGUUCCAGUGAAGAAGCACGAAGAGCAAAAAACUAAAGGAAUUAAUUGCUGCUGCUGUCUGUCUGUCAUCUCUUCAUAGCCAUGGCUUCCCCAGUGAGUGAUCUCAAUAUGGCUAUUUCCGCAACAUUUUCUUCACAUGGAUUUCAUGGGAAAAUAAUUGUGUCACCUCCUAGUAAGAGUUUCUCCAACUUUGGAGGCAAUAAGUCUAUCUGUUUACUUGCCGACAUGUCCAAAUCAUGGUCAUCAUCCUCUGUUGAAUUGUUUAAAAAGGGACGAAAUCAAUACCAUAUUUCAACGAAUAGCAACACAUUCCACUGCAGAGCAUUGGAGAUGGAAAAGAAGUCUUCGAAUAUGAUUGGGAAUAAGUUUCAGCUUGAUGAUGUAAUUGAAUCUCAGCAGUUUGAUAGAGAUACUCUCUGUGCCAUAUUUGAAGUGGCACGGGAGAUGGAGAAAAUUGAGAAGUCGUCGAUGGGAAGCGAGAUUCUUAAGGGUUAUCUUAUGGCCACUCUCUUCUAUGAACCCUCAACUAGGACUAGACUUUCAUUUGAAUCUGCCAUGAAGCGUUUAGGUGGAGAAGUAUUGACAACUGAAAAUGCUCGUGAAUUUUCAUCUGCAGCAAAAGGAGAGACACUUGAAGAUACAAUUAGAACUGUUGAAGGGUACUCUGAUAUCAUUGUUAUGAGACAUUUUGAAAGUGGUGCUGCUAGAAGAGCCGCAUCGACUGCAAGUAUUCCAAUAAUAAAUGCAGGAGAUGGUCCUGGACAACACCCAACUCAGGCCCUUCUAGAUGUGUACACCAUUGAAAGAGAAAUAGGAAAACUUGAUGGUAUAAAAGUUGCUCUUGUUGGUGAUCUAGCUUAUGGGAGAACAGUUCGUUCACUUGCUCACUUGCUUGCUAAGUACCAAGAUGUGAAAAUUUACUUUGUAUCCCCUGAUGUGGUUAAAAUGAAGGAUGACAUAAAGGAUUAUUUGACAUCAAUGGGGGUUCACUGGGAAGAAAGUGCUAAUCUGUUGGAGGUGGCUUCUAAAUGUGAUGUGGUAUAUCAAACUCGUAUUCAAAGAGAAAGAUUUGGAGAGAGGGUUGAUUUGUAUGAAGAAGCUCGAGGGAAGUAUAUCGUGGAUCUGAGUGUCUUAAAUGCUAUGCAGAAACAUGCAGUGGUGAUGCAUCCUUUGCCAAGACUUGAUGAGAUAACUGUCGAUGUGGAUGGGGAUCCAAGGGCUGCUUAUUUCAGACAAGCUAAGAAUGGUCUUUACAUUCGGAUGGCUCUUUUGAAGCUUCUACUCCUUGGUUGGUGACAGAUGCAAAAUUUUUAGAUCUGGAAUAUCGCGCAACCAUGCUUUGUUAUCCAUGUGAGUGUGGAUUUUGAGCGCGUUGUAGAAUUCAAGAGUUUUGUCAACUAUUUUAGCAUAAAAGAAAACCAAACCUCUUUCUUUGUUCAAUCUCUUUUAAAGAAUGUUUACUUUUACCUCUCUAUCGUUUUACAUAAUAUCACCGCUCAUUUUCAA